AUGGCUCCCUCGGCGCUGGACCCGGUUCCCAUUCCCAGAAAAGCCAAAGGUCUUCCGAAAGUCCCAGACUUGGACAGCCGCACAGUCACGACCGACGAGGUUGUACAAGCCUUGAUCGUUGCGGGCGGUUGCAUACUGCGACAUGCGGCCACGCCGGACCAGUUGGCCGCGAUCGAGGCCGACACUCGUCCGUGGAUCGAGGAGGAUCUCCCGUGGAAAGGAGAAGGCUUUCCCGAGCAGACGCGCCGUGUCUGUGGCCUGGCCGGCAAAUCCAAGGCGUUCACCGAGACGGUCAUCUGCAACCGGCUGCUGCAGGACGUCUCCGCCGUCCUCCUGAGCAGUACCUUUACCAUGUGGAACGGAGACAAAAAGGUCACGUCAGUCGCGAGACCGCAGUUGAACAACACCGUGGUCUUUUCCAUCGGGCCGGGAGCGGGCGACCAGGGUCUUCAUCGCGACGACAUCAUUCAUCACAAUCACCUCCCCCCCAUCACGGCUAGCGAGUACAAGAUCGGCCGGGACGUCGGCAUUGGAUAUUUUAUCGCCGGCAAGCAAACGACCAAAGCCAACGGGGCCACGAGAUUCAUUCCCGGCUCGCAUCUUUGGGGUCCGCUGGAACCGCAACCCGACGAGAGUCUAUGUGUUUAUGCCGAGCUGGAGCCCGGUGACGCCUUCAUCAUGUUGUCGUCGGCCUAUCACGGCGGCUCGGCCAACACCACGGUGGAUGAGGAACGACUGGUGUAUAGUUGUUUUAUGGCCAAAGGUCUUCUGAAACAGGAAGAGAACCAAUACCUGGCCAAUGAUACGCAGAAAAUAGUCGACAUGUACGAUAUCGACACGCUCAAGAUUCUGGGAUACGAUAUGGUCAAGCCGGGGCUCGGCUGGGUCAACUUCGACACGCCUUUGAGGGUCCUGCUUGGUGACAAAGCCGUACAUAUCGAUUCUCUUUAUUGA